AUGCCACCCAAAGUACAUAUAGGCGUCACAACAUGCAGUCAUUCUUUAUGUGUUACCGUUAUUGAACCCCGUAUUUUAGCAGGACAUCACAUUGGAAACAAUGUUAUUCGUGGAUGUUUUUCUUCUGUGUUUAAAUAUGGUCUCACACCAUCCACUGAUGGCUUUUCUGCUUCAGAUACCUCGUGCAGUAGGAUGCCUGCGUAUAAACUAUUGCCGCCACAUUUAGCAAGGCGCGCUUCGAAUCGUACCGUUGAAUUAUGUUGGUGUUUUGGACAGUUGUGCAACGACUAUCCAUCAGCUGAGUCUGCUGGAUUUACUGCAGCGUAUUCAUCGUUAUCUUUGUCCAUUUUUGUCUUAACAUUUGUAACACAGAUUUUUUAUGGGAAAUUGUUGAUAUGA